UGGCCUGUCCUACAACUACCUCACAUACCGUGUGCCGCCGGUGUCAGCAGCAAUCAAAGACCUCGACGUGGGCUUUAACUUCCUCUCAGGCUCCUUCCCGGCCAACACUGCCACGUCAUGCGGCGCCAACAGCAACUGCUUCCAGAGCGCCGCCACGUGCGCCACCAAGGGCACGGCGCAGCGCACGUCCGGGUGCAAUUUCUGCCAGGCCAGCACGGGGCAGGGCAUGCUGUGCUACGGCCGCGGCGUCUGCACCGUCAACGCCUCCGCGCCCUUUGCUGCCGGCACGCCCAAUGCUGUCGGCGCUCCCACGCUGCCCUUUACUUGCGUCAGUAAGUGCCUACUUUUGAGUCAUCUCAAAAACCGAAAAAACGCUUCCGUGUCCUUUGCUGCUGGCACGCCUAAUGCUGUCGGUACUGCCACGCUGCCCUUUACUUGCGUCAGUAAAUGCGGGGUGCUCAGAGAGACAGGCCGGGGAGGAGGGGGGAGCUGA